AUGGCGACAAAAAAGGCGAUUUCGAAACGAUAUCAAUUUCUACGGUUUCUCGCCACGAUUUGGGUGGUUGAUGAUGAUUAUGAAGACAACUGGGUGGUUUCUCCUUGGAAAUCGGUCACGAUGUUGUAUAUCUCCACGUUGUUUGAAAGAGGCAAUCGUGAUGAAGCAGUUUGGCGACAGUUUUCGGGUUUGACUGUAUAUAUACAGAUGAAAGUAAUUAACAGAUUUUCUUCCUACUUCUCUGUUUUAUACUCAAAUCUCUUACAUUGUCUCUGGAGAUUCUUCAUUUUUCUAAACCUUAUGGCUAACAAUAUUCGGAGAGCAUUACAAGAUAUCAAUCUUGGUGCUGAUGAUGCUCCAUUCGUAUUACCGUCAGCGGUGGUGCGUCGAGCAGAAGAGGAAAACAGGUUCAUCCUGAUUGGACGCCCGGUGAUGCCUCGCAAACAGAACUUACGAGCAAUUGUAGCGACUAUGCCGCGAAAUUGGGGUUUUGAUGGUGUGGUUCGUGGCAGAAUCAUUGAGGGGCGUCGUUUCCAGUUCGUGUUUCCCACCGAAGAAGCGAUGGAUACGGUAUCUAGGAGAGGACCAUGGGCUUUUGCUGAUCGUAUGUUGGUACUUCAGAGGUGGACUCCUCUCAUGGAUAUGGAAAUGCUAAACUAUAUUCCAUUCUGGAUCCAAAUAAGGGGGAUUCCACUUCAAUUCAUGAACCGUGAUGUCAUUGUUCACAUUGCUCGUACGCUGGGAGAUUACAUACAGAUGGAUUACAGUGAGGAGAAUGGUGGCCUUAUGGAGUAUGUGCGAGUGAGAAUCAAUUGGAAUGUAAAUCAACCACUGAAGUUUAUGAGGAAUUUCCAAUUCUCACCGGGAGUCAACACUCUACUGCGGCUUCAGUAUGAGAGAUUACGCGGUUUCUGUGAGGAGUGUGGUCUGAUCACACACGACUCUGGGGCCUGUCUGAUUCAGAAUGGUGGCGCUGGUAAUGCUGAAGAAGACGAUGAUAGUGGAGAUGAGGCUGCUGACCCAGUGAUGGUUCCAAAUCAGGGGGUUAUCAUUGAAGAGAUCAACGAGAACGCAAAUGUUGAGCAAGAUGAGAAUGAUAUGGUUGAGGAUCAAAACGUGGAGGCAAAUGGUCAACUUGAACCUGUGGAGGCAGAUGGGCAUCAUGGAGAUGUAGAAGAGGAGCCAGAGGAUACAACGCACGAGGAAUAUCAAAGGAACAUCAGAACAAUGGAGGAGGAAGCGGAUGAUGAGUACCUCUGGGGUGGUAAUGGGAAACACACUUUGUUUCCCUCCGGUGUGGAUACUGAUGAGAUGUAUGAUCCUCUCUACCCGAGUGGACAGAGGCUCUUAAUGUCAAAUGAAGAGGAGUCAAGUUUGAAGAGAAAGGCCUGGAUAACAAGCGCAACUGAUAAUGUAAGAAUGUUCUCAAAGACAAAAAGGGGAGAAACAAGCGGUGAGCAGACUUCUAAGCGUAAGAAAAUGAUGACAGGGGAAAGCACAGAAGUGUGUGAGGGCGAUGGAUCAGAGCUGAGUGUGUCUGACAAAGAGAGAGGCGCGGUGGGCCCAGAACCACCUCUGCCACCAUGA